AUGGAAGACAAUCAUCUUUACUCCAUGGAGGGGGAUGCAUCAGCACACGGCGAGGAUUCGAUAAUGAAAGAAAAUGACAUUUAUAACCUUGAAACCGCUGAAGAUAGAGAGAAGGUAGCAGUACAGCCAGAAGAUGUAAGCGCUACGUAUACAGUCGUCAACAAAGAUCGUAAAACUGCAGACCGCAACAACACUGGAGAAAAAGAACAACCAACUGGUGAAACGUAUGCUGUCGUUAGGAAGAAAGCUGCAGGUGUUACGAAACACAAAACGACCAAUGGGAAGUCCGGAGACAACGAGGUUUUAGACGAUGUAUCUAACAUGUAUACACAAGUAAACAAAAAGAAACAAAAGAAACAAAAGAAACAAAAAGAUAUUAAACAGAAAGGCGAAGCUAAAUCUAAAACUGAAGGUGAUGGUGUGGAAUACGUCAACAUUCCGAGCGAGUCUUCCGUCUAUCAAAACACCUGACCUGUCCAUGGCGACACUGAAAGAGAUAUCGGUCUUGAUAAUUUCUACUUGGGACUCAAAACAAGAGAAUAAUAUAAUAUAUAACACUUCUACAAAAGAGUAGAAAUCACCUAUCUAAAGUAGUGUCGGAAAUAUAAUAAAACUGAUUUUCGUCGAUUAUUUCUUUCAUAUUAAACUGACAAGUAAAUAUUUUGCAAAUAUC